CACAACAAACACGUAAUAAUACAUUAAUAAAUAUUCCAACUAAUCUCCUAUCUCAAUUAAUAUUGCAUCCUAUCCUUUCUCCCCUUAUUUGGGAUCCAUAUCUUCAAGGGACUCACUUUUCCUCCACCAUUCAAUUAUUUCUAUUUCUUUAUCAUCUUUCUUUUCUCUAUCAUUCUCUCUACUUGAUUAUCUCUCCCUUCUACCAUCUGUUCUUUUGUGUAGAAGAGGAAGGAGAGAUACGAAGAUCUAAUUUACUAAUUAUUAUAUUUUUCUUUUUACAUCUUUAUUAUAUUUUCGUCUAAUUUUUCUCUAUUCAUUAUCAUUAUCAUCACCAAUAUCGUUAUCGAAUUCAAUUUUUUUUUUCCGAAUGGAAUUCUUCCAAAAGGCGAAAGUGGUGCGCCUUAGGAGCCACCAUGAUAAAUACAUGUUGGCACAUGAAGAUCAAGAAAAUGUCUACCAAGACAGAAAUGGUUGCUACGACAAUGCAAAAUGGACGGUCGAAUUAAUAGAGAACGAAAACAAAGACAACGUGAUAAGAUUGAAGAGUUGUUAUGGAAAAUAUUUAACAGCCUCAAACAUGCCAUUUCUUUUGAAAAGUACGGGUAAAAAAGUGUUGCAAACUUUACCUUUAAGGUUAGGUUCAUCGGUUGAAUGGGAACCUAUUAGAGAUGGGGUACAAGUGAAAUUAAGGACACGUUAUGGACAAUAUCUUCGAGGAAAUGGAGGAUUACCACCUUGGAGAAACACAAUAACACAUGAUGUUCCACAUAGAACUUCAACGGCUAAUUGGAUUUUUUGGGAUGUUGAUAUUGUGGAACUUAGGCCAAAACAAUUAGGACAAGUUCCUAAGCCAAGACCAAGGCCUACACCAAUUACACCACCAAAUCGUUGUUUGAAUAAUUCAAUUAUUUCGACAACAACGACAACAUCAACAGAAAAUUCUUUUCCUUCUCCUUCGUUCUCACCAAUUUCGGAGUCGGAUAAUGGACCCCUUGUCAAAAUUGAUCUAAGAUCUCCUCGAACACCCGAGGCGUAUUUUGAAUUUAUAGAUGAGUCCCCAUCACCAAUGAAAGAAGGGAGGGUUAUAUUUUAUGAUGUUGGUAAUGAAAAUGGUGAGGUUGAUGAUGCAAGUAAAGGGUCAUUCUUUACCUUUAAAGGAAGUUGUUUGAAUGAAUUGAAGGAGAAGUUGAUGGAGGAAACUGGACUUAAUCGUAUUCUUGUUUGUUGUCGAAAUCCAUUGAAUGCUAAACUUUAUCCCCUUCUUUUGCAUCUACCUCCUAACAAUAUUGACAUGCAUGUUGUUGUGGUUCCUUCCCCAUUUAGAGUCAAUGAUGCCAAGAGUUCACAAUCAUGUAAGCUGUUUAAUGUUAGUAUGUACACUUAUUAAUGAAAACUUCAAGAGUGCUAAUGAAGCAACUAAUGAGACAUUCAAACCAUAAGGCACAAGGGCAAUCAAAAAGCACAAACUAGCUAUUUGAAAUGUAAUAUGCAAAUUGAUGAUUUUAUUUUCUCUUAAGUUAUUAACUAGGAAUUAUGUGUUGUUCUUGCCAGAACUAAAUAUUGGUAUAACUCUAUAUAAAGUUACAAUUUAUGUGAA